AUUCUUCGGAGGAGACCCCUCCAGCCACUCAGAGCUUUAUCAUUCCGAAGAAGGAGAUCCACACGGUUCCGGACAUGGGCAAAUGGAAGCGUUCUCAGGCAUACGCCGACUACAUCGGAUUCAUCCUUACCCUCAACGAAGGUGUGAAGGGGAAGAAGCUGACCUUCGAGUACAAAGUCUCUGAGGCCAUUGAGAAACUGGUCGCUCUUCUCAACACUCUGGACAGGUGGAUUGAUGAGACUCCACCAAUGGACCAGCCCUCUCGAUUUGGGAACAAGGCCUUCAGGACCUGGUAUGCCAGACUUGACCAGGAAGCAGAAAACUUGGUGGCCACAGUGGUCCCCACCCAUCUGGCAGCUGCUGUGCCUGAGGUGGCUGUUUACCUAAAGGAGUCAGUGGGGAACUCCACGCGCAUCGACUAUGGCACAGGACACGAAGCAGCCUUUGCUGCUUUCCUCUGCUGUCUCUGCAAGAUUGGGGUGCUCCGGGUAGACGACCAAAUAGCUAUUGUCUUUAAGGUGUUCAAUCGGUACCUUGAGGUGAUGCGGAAACUCCAGAAAACAUACAGGAUGGAGCCAGCCGGCAGCCAGGGAGUGUGGGGCCUGGAUGACUUCCAGUUUCUGCCCUUCAUCUGGGGCAGUUCACAGCUGAUAGAUCACCCGUAUCUGGAGCCCAGGCACUUUGUCGAUGAGAAGGCCGUGAACGAGAAUCACAAGGACUACAUGUUCCUGGAGUGUAUCCUGUUCAUCACCGAGAUGAAGACGGGCCCCUUUGCCGAGCACUCCAACCAGUUGUGGAACAUCAGCGCUGUCCCCACCUGGUCCAAAGUGAACCAGGGUCUCAUCCGCAUGUAUAAGGCCGAGUGCCUGGAGAAGUUCCCAGUGAUCCAGCACUUCAAGUUCGGGAGCCUGCUGCCCAUCCACCCCGUCUCACUGUGCUAGGAGGGGCUGAGCAGCCAGAGCCGUGGCCGCAGUUGCAGUUCCGGUGUCUGCCCCUCCCGCCCCCAGCUAUGGUCCCCUCCCGCCCCCUCCCUCUGUUCUUUCUGUUUGAUGAGAGGCUGUCUGUUGGGGUGGGUAGUGGGUGCGGGUGGAGGAGGGCUCAGGGCGUAAGGCUGAAAUACUCAAGUUGGGAGAAGUGACCAAAGUGUGGCCAGUUUCCUGACUCCGCCAGGUGGCUGGUCCCUGGGCCGUGCCCCACCCCUAGCCUGCCUCUCCCUGUCCAGUCCUAUUUUGAGAUCCAGGCUGUUCUGGGCCACUGCCCCCAGGGAGGGAGGGUUUUGCUGAUGUUGUUGCUCUCUUGGGGUUGGAGCAGUUGCCCCCCACAGGUGGGUCCAUUUCCCAAGCCGCAUUGGGUGGUGGGUGUUCUGAGGGCUGGAGGCCGAGACUGGUGGCAGCCUUGGCUGGAGUCGGGCAGGGAGAGUCAUUGGCUGUUCUUGCCAGUAACCCUUCCAGCUCCUCACGGCUGCCCUGGGCCUUUGAGUACCUGUGUUCAGUGCCUCAUCCUGGCUUUUCUGUUCUCUGGCCUUGGCUUUGCUGGGUUUUCUGCCAUGGCCAAGCCUGUCCUCCCCGAGAAUAGCCUCUGGAAGCUGCCCUUUGGGUGGGGCUGGGCUCCUGGUGAGGCCUCCACUCCAGCUUUCUCUGGGGGGCAGGGGGAGUGGGGGGGCGGCAGGGACUGAGGAGGGGCUCUGGGCCAGCUGUGGUUGGGGAGAACCUGGCUUCCUCUCCGUGCAUUCUCACGACCACUUCUGUUUCCUCCUCACCGCGGCUUCUUUUCCAGGGCCCUUGGCCUUGCUUCCCUGCCCUGUGGACGGUGGUGAGUGGCUGCGGGAGGCUGAGAAAGCCUGCUCCCUUUCCUCCCCCCUCCCUGGACUCCCUGCUCAGGAUGAGGGAGCGAUGGCCCCCCAAGCCCAGGCUUUGGCUCUGAGGAUGGGCAGGCCCACCCACAGGGUGAGGGGGUCCCGGUAGCAGCAUGUCCGUUCCGGAGUUUCCUGGGGCUGCUCCUGGGACUGACUCUUGCAGACCCGCCCCUGCCCAAGCCCGGGCUGCCCUUCCGCAUUCACCACUCCUCAUGUCGGCCCACAUGCCCUUUGGGGACGGGGAGCACACGAGAAGCACAAUCCAGGGUUUGACCCUGGGAUCCGGGUCAAUGGCCUGGCAGAGGCUGGGACAGGAGUCACUGGAGCCACAGACAUAAUUCCCCGAGGAGAGGCGCCAUCAGUGUCCACCUCCCUCCUAGGUCCAGACCACGCCUUCCUGUGCCCCCACAGGCCCCUCAGCCCCUUGGCGCCUUCAUUGCUGUUCGGAUUAAAGCCUCUGUUUUGCACCUGU